AUGUUCGUUGAUACUAUUGUUGAAGGAAAAAUCCCAGUAAAAGCAUUAAUCGAUACAACAUCUAAAUCCAAUACUAUUAGCAGGCGCUUGUAUAGUAAGCUUGAGUCUAAUUACGGAUUAGAAGGUAUACCCGAUGAAGAUAUAAUAGGCAAAGAAAUAAAAGGCCUAGAUUUACAAUUCCGCUAUAAAGGAAAGUGGCAAAGCUUAGAUGGUACCAAAGUAAUAGACUUUCAAAUUCGCAAAAAUCUAUCAUUCGAUCUGGUAUUGAGACAAGAUUGGUUAUGGACGCAUGAAGCAAAAAUAAGCUUUAAAUUUUCUCCUGGAACCUAUGAACAAUAUGGUGUUAUUACAGAUCUGAAGAAUCAUUGUUUUGUAAUAAUAGAUGGUAUGAGUAUUCCAUUAAUUGAAGAAAAUAGUAAUAAAACCAGCACUAGUAAAAAAAACUUAUCUAAAUCGACGAAAUCUAAACCUGGUCUAGCCCAAGAGGAGGUUAUGAAUAUAAUUAACAAAAUUAUCUCAGGUGCCCAAGAUAUUAAACACCAAAAGAACCAUUGUGGAAUAUUUCACAAUAUACUUCCCGCAUCUCCAAUACCCAGAAGAUUAAAUGAUGAUGUACUCAAAAAUAGCAGAGCUAGCAAGAAUAAGAAAUAUCCUAAAGUAGAUUUAGGCGAUGUGUGUGGAAAGCUUUCAAUAAAAAUGCACUUCAAUAAUAUUUGGAAGUCGGUUCAUUCUAUAGAAAAUGAUAUAGAGUAUGGAAUUUUCGAAAAACUCUGUAUUAUUGAGUAUGAACUAAGUUGUAUAAAUAAAGGAAAGUUACCAUGGAUAAAAUUUGAGACAGAGACUUCUAAUUCUUGCUUACACCAAAAUAAGAGCAAGAAAGGUGGAGGUAAGUAUUCCACGGAUUUGGAUACUGACACUUCUGAUACAAGGACUUCUUAUUCCUCCAAUUCAGGUUCAGAAGGUCGUGACUUAGAUUAA